CAUGUCCUCUCCCGGCUUCCGUAGACAUUCCUCCGCUGUCAGUGAGUGUGCGGUGACAGACAACCAUCGCUGAGCCACCAAUCCAGCUCCAAGUGUGAAACUAUGGAAGAGAUCAAUAACAUUGAAGUGGUUCCGUGCACAGAGUCCGACUACCUGAAGCCGUUCAGGGUGCACUACAACCAGAAUGGCACAAAGAAAUCCUGGGACUUCAUGCGAACUCAUGACAGUGUAUCAGUGCUGAUCUUCAACACCAGCUCACACUGUUUUGUUCUUGUCAAGCAGUUCCGUCCAGCUGUAUACAUGUGCGAGUGGGAAAGGAACAAGACGCAGCCGCCUCAGUCCGCUGAAAAAACUGAGGAGGGUGCUGCUGAAGCCGCCGCCCCCGCUCCCGAGCCUCAGGAGGGCCAGUCGGCCUCAGAAGGGGAUAGCUCUUCUCAGUGGCCCCCGGCCUCAGCGGGGGUCACCUAUGAGCUCUGCGCUGGGCUAGUGGACAAACCCAACCUCUCCCUGGAGGAGAUCGCCCGGCAGGAGGUGCUGGAGGAGUGUGGCUACGAUGUGCCUGCCUCAAAGCUGAAGAGGAUUACUUCUUACAGGUCAGGCGUAGGUGUAACAGGUGCCAAGCAGACCAUGUUUUACGCCGAGGUGUCUGAUGACAACUGUGUGAGCGCAGGUGGAGGUGAGCCACGGGAGGGAGAGCUUAUCGAGGUGGUCAAAGUCCCGCUGCACGAGGCCAUGACGUUUGCCUACGACGAGCGUAUACCCAAAACCAUGGGUGUCAUUUUUAGUUUCAUCUGGUUCCAUAAUAACAUGUCUCCCAAGUACAAGAUCUCCACCAAUGUGUAACUAGUAUUAACCAACCCUCUUUAUACGGUUUAUUCCAAAUUAAAUCAAACACUGGCCCAGCACAUCCACUCUUCCCCUCAUGGCUCUUCAUCCUGUAUUGCCUUUUUGCUUAUUGGUACAUGAUGAAAGGUGGGCCCCUUGUCUUGUUGCCAACAGGUAUCUUUAAGUUUGUGUCCUGUUAACCUUUUGAAUUAUACUGUAUGUGGUCUUAAUAUUUUUCCUAAAAACUAUUUUGCCAUAGCUGGUUGUCACUGGCACUUUUGUCUCCUCUUGAUGAUUUUUUUUUUUUU